GAGCCGGGCCGGGCCAAGCGGGCCGGGCCCGCUCCCUCCGCGCUCUCCGCCGGCCGCACCGGUCGGGGCCGCCGGCGGCGGCAGGCUUAGUCACAGGAAUGUGGGUGGGACUCCCUCCUCGGCGGCGCCUUAAAACGCCGCUCGGCCCGGCACGCUCGCAGUGCCCCGUCCCGCCGAGCGCCCCCGCCGCUCCGCAGCCGCGACGCCCGGGCUCGCUGGGCGCGCCGCCGGCCCGGCACGAUGGUGGUGUGCGGCCUCGCCUGCUGGAGGUGCCGGUGGCUCCUGCCCCUGCUGCUGGGCCUGGCCAUCAUCAUGGGCAUCAUCGCCCUGGCGGGCCGCGGCUGGCUGGAGUCCGAGUCGGAGCCCUACGUGCAGCAAGCGUCGCUGUGGGAGAGCUGCACGCGGGGCGAGGAGGAUCUCAACUGGAGCUGCGAGUCCCUCAUGGACUACGGGUGGGGGAGAGCAGCAGCUGCCACAUACCUUGUUGGCUUUGUGAUCCUGGUCAUCUGUUUCGCCCUUGCAGUCAUCGCGUUCUCGAUCGAGAUCCUCCGCUUCAACUUUGUGCGAGGAAUUGGAGGACUGCUCUUUGUUGUUGCUGCAUUCCAGAUCAUUGGCUUGGUCAUUUACCCAGUGAAAUUCACAGAAGACAUUCCACUGACUGGAGAUAACAUGUUCAGCUGGGCCUAUGGCUUUGGCUGGGCCAGCACUGUUGUUGUAAUAGGUUGUGCUUUCUUCUUCUGCUGCCUCCCCAACUGGGAAGAUGAAGUCCUGGGAAACAUCAAGCCUACCUAUUACUACUCCUCCCCAGAGAGAGCACCAUACUUAAAUUGAAAGAUUAAGUCCAAGUACAGUCAACUGCCAAAACAGAGGAGCACCUCUGAUGCACAUUUGGUGUCAUUAUGGGAGGCUGAAAAACUCACCUUAUUUUGCCAGUGUGCAUGUCAAUAAAUUAGGAAAAACAUUGGCAUCUUAAAACAAAUAACUUUUACCUAAAGUAUUAUUUACAUAUUCUCAUGUCAAUUCAGUUUGGGUGGUUUACUUGCUCCUUCCCCUCCCAAUUAAUUGAGUCAUCCUUAUUUUAUUCAAAUAUUUUCUUAUGAAUAUCGAUGAUACUGUUUCAAGUGUAGAAAGGAAAAAGACAGAUUUUAAACAACCUGUUAUUGGGUCCUGUGAGGUGGGUUGGUUUUUUUCACCUCUGACAAAAUUGCUUUAAAUGGAGCUAGGAAAAAACACAGUCUUCCAAGGAAUGCUUUUUCUUCUGUCAAAGUCAGUCCCAAAGAAGAAACUUCUGUGAUGCUAUCACAGUCACCUGCUGCCUAAAAAUCUUUUCCCAUUCCUGUUACUGGACUGUUGUUGACUUUUAGCUAUUUGAAUUAAGGGGGAAAUAAAAUUAAAAUUUAUUUUCUGCCAAUUGGUGCUGUUGGACAGGGUCUCUACCAAAGCACCGAGCUGGUGUGUAUAACAUUAACAGUGGCUAAUGUAACAUUGGUGCAUUUGUGGCAGACUUGUGAUGGAAUCACAUACAUGUUGUCAUGGAUUCAGAUGUUAAACUACAUUCAUUUUUACAUGGUAUAUGAGGGAUGCUGAUUUAGAAAUUAUCUUUGAGCAGAAACAUAAACUAUUCUAUUUCUCUACCUUUGUAAAGUUGCAGUGUUUUAAUAAUCAGUGUGCUUUGGAGGGGAACAGCAUAAGGUGUUUAAAAACCUCCAAAAGUUUCUAACACUGUAGGUACCUCGGAGUUUAGUGAACUUGGUGCUGCUUUGUGAAUGAGUAGGGGUAACAGGUAGAAAUAGAAAGGCAUAGAAAUGGCUCCUCAUUUGUGUUUCUGCAGCCAGCAAUUCCAAGUAAAUAUUCCAGCAAGGCAUAGGCAUGUCUGUCAUGGACCUGCAGCACCUUACAGCAGAUCUAAUUGUGGUCUAUAAUCUUUGUCAGGGCUUUGUUCAGCUGGGAAAGUAGGAAGAAGUUCAUUCUUCAAACUCCUCUUCCAGUUAUGGGAGAAGUAGCUUUAGCAAAGACAGACUGAGGAGGGAGGAUACAGGUGGGGUGGAAAGCAAAUGCUGCAUGUUUCUCUGUGUUAUUUCUUACUCUCAUGAACCUGGUACUUAGGAGAGGGUAAGUGUGUGGGUAUGUGUAUUCAUGCACAUGUACUAAAUAGAACUCAGAAAACAUUAACCAGCAGACUGUAAAGCUAAAGUAAUUUGCAACUAAUCUUUUGCAAUACCCUAUAUUUCUUGUAUUAUAUAUUGUAUAGCUUUCCAUUUUGUAACACCUUUUUCAAUUUGAUAAUGCUAUGUAUUACAUGUGAUCAUGUUUUAGAGAGGCCAGGUGAUUCCUGAAGGUCCCUUCUAGGCCUGUAUUUUAUAACUUCACAGAGCAUAAAUGUCUGCAGACUUCAGAAAUGUUAUGAGCUCAGUUGUGACAUAUACAAUCUACUGUAUUUAUGAUUCUUGCUGAAUAAGAGAGUUCUGUGACAAAUGUGUCCUUUUAAAUUUUUCCCCUUUUCUGUACUGUACUGGCUGGUGGGGAAUACUGUGUAGACUUACUUUAUCAUAAGUAAUGAUGGUACCUACUUCUAGUGAAUUCAGUGAAUACAGCAAAGAAUCUCAAGUCAUGAAAAUCCUUGCACAACACAAAAAGCACAAGCUGAAAAGGAGAAAAAUGUGUAAGAAAAUGGACACCUUUCUAAUGACAGGGAGGAUGGUAUGGUAAUAUGGUAAUCAGGUUUAGCAUAAUUUAAUCUUUUGUAUGCUUUUUUAUGAGCAUUGGCAUAACUUGUCAAAAGAGCACUAAUGUAAAAUAAACUUGCCUCUGAAUGUACUGGGAGGGGUAGAAGCAUAACCCGCAUGUUACACAACUAAGAUGUUCCAGAGAAAGCUAUUGCAAAUAGUUAUUAAUGACUUUCAAAUGAUAUUAAUGUAAGUGACACUCGUUUCAAAUGUGGUGGCUUAAUUAAAAAUGUUUUAACUGAC